GCUGUCUCUCACGCUUGCUUUCAGCCUCUCCAGUUACAGCGUCAGGAUCUCCUGAAUGAGCCUUUCCCUGCUCGGGACAAAGCAGCCGUGUGGCGGUGGCGUUGUCUUGUGAGGACCUCCGAUGCGCCCGGGACUCUGGCAGGGAAGGCGCCCCGCCCGCUGCCUCGCCUUCACCCCGCCCGGCGGGGCCGGGAAAGCCCCCGCGGCUCCUCCCACCCAAGGGGCUUUUCUCCAGUCGCCAGCGACUUUGCUCCUGGAGCGCAGCCGCCUGGAGCUGCUUUCCGCCAGGCUGGAGCGUGCGGGGCUCCUGCUCUUCUGCGAACGCAGGGGGCAAGGGUCGGUGACCUCGGGGCGCGCCCCGUGUCCGUGUCCCCUAAUCCGAGCCCCAGCCCCCGGCCCGCGCCUUGGCCUCCAGCAUGGUGCUGCUGGCUGGGCCCGGGCCGGAGGGCGGCGGGACACGCUGCUUGUCCCAGCAGUCGCCGACGCCACCCCGGAGCGUACAGACAGGGGACGACCCAGCGGACUACGAGGAGUACGAAGACUUCUCGAGUCUGCCGGACACCCGUAGCAUCGCGUCGGACGAUUCCUUCUACCCUCCGGGAGGCGAGGAGGAGUGCGGCGCGGUGUGCGCCGAGAGCGUCCCGGAGGGCGUCCCCGAGGCGGCGACCCUCCUGCGCGCCGCCUGCGCCAACGACGUGGGGCUGCUGCGGGCCCUAGUGCGACGCGGGCCGAGCCCCGAGGAGGUGCGGGAGACUGACCGCAACGGCCGGACUGGCCUUAUUGUUGCGUGCUACCACGGCUUUGUGGAUACUGUGGUGGCCUUAGCGGAGUGUCCCCACGUUGACGUCAACUGGCAGGACAGCGAAGGGAACACAGCCCUGAUCACUGCUGCGCAGGCAGGGCAUGCCACGAUCACCAACUACUUGCUGAACUAUUUCCCUGGUCUGGACCUAGAAAGGAGGAACAUAUUCGGUUUCACAGCCCUCAUGAAAGCGGCCAUGCAGGGCAGAACUGAAUGCGUGCGAGCCCUGAUGCUGGCAGGGGCUGACGUUCAAGCGAGGGACCCCCGACGUGGGCUGUCACCGCAGGAGUGGGCGGCAUACACAGGCCGAGUGGAGGCUGUUCGCGUCAUGCAGAGGCUGAUGGAGCGACCCUGUCCAGAGCAGUUUGGGGACAAGUACAAGCUGGAAUUGCCACUUCCCGCUGAGGCGGUUUUGAAGAAGGCAGGUUCCAAAAACUGUUUUCAGAGAUUCACCGCGUUCCUGCGGUCCACUCUGACCUCCCGCUCUGGCCAGAGCCUGGAAGAUGGAGGCGUCCUUGAUCACAUGGUCAGGAUGACCACAAGCCUCUACAGCCCCGCUGUUGCUGUAGUCUGUCAGACCGUGUGCCCGGAGAACCCUCCCUGUGUGGGAAAACGGCGCUUGGCGGUGCAGGAAAUCCUAGCAGCUAGGGGCAACUUGGAAGCCCAUGCGCGGGACAGCCACGAGGUAGAGAGUUCUGAACUGCAAUCCCAGAUUUUGGAGACUCCCAGAGCUAGCUCCAGGUCUCUCCAGUCCCCCGGGGGCUCAGGAACCACCACUGCCCCUGUCACUCGGAAGGCCAGCCUCCUGCCCUUGCAGUUGCUGCGGAGGAGCAGCGUGCGGCCGGGCGUGGUGGUCCCUAGAGUGCGCAUCAGCAAGGCACCUGCGCCCACCUUCCAGCCAGAGCGCGCCGCGUCCAAGGGCAGCACCAAGGACAGCAUCUACUUGCAGAUCCCCAAGUGGAGGUACAAGGAGGCCAAGGAGGAGAAGAGGAAGGCGGAGGAGGCAGAGAAGAAGCGCCAGGCAGAAGCACAGAAAGAAAAGCGGGCUCCACGCUGGAGGAAAAGGACGUGAAAGGGGCUGUGACUCUCAUGGCGCCUGUGCCUGGUGUGGGGAAGCAGCGCAGGGAUCCUGCUUGGGAGGCUGCGGGUGGGCAGGCGCUGUAGACAGCACCACAGAGAGGGAUGCUCCUGUCUGCCUUGGCUGCAUGCUCCGUCACACAGCCUCCGGCCAUCCACCUUUCCUAGAUCCACAAAGGACAGUUCAUAUUGCUCCCAAGAGGAUGGGUGGUUUUGUUUAAAACCAGUUCCCUGCUCAUUCUAUACACUAAGAGGUCAGUUUACCUAGAAGUCACCCUUAAAGAACCCCAAUUAAGAAUUUAAAACCCCAGCUUAUCAAAGGAUAUUUUUGCAUAAUUUUGUAUCUUGUUACUUAUGAAAAAUUGCAGCAUUUUACAAGUGACAGGCUCUUUAUAAUUAAGCCAGUUUUAAUACUUGUAUUUGAGGACCCUCUGUUUAAAAUGCUGUCUCUAGCAAUAAAUACUUGCGAUGGCUGUGUGAAUUACACAGAAGGGAAUUCUCCCCUUGCCAUUUGGUUCUGGCCUCUGCCUUCUCGUGUCCUGUGGACACACCUGUGCACUGGCUUUUCCUAUUAACUUGAGUGAUGCCAAACGCCUGUUUUUACUUGAGAAAGGCACCGACUUCUAUCCAAAGUGAUAAAGAUAUGAAGUCUUCUUUUCGUUCUUUAAAACUCUUUUAAUUCUACCCCCUCCUACCUCCCACUGCCAAUCAAUUAAUUCAUCAAAACUGAUUAUGGCACACUGGAGAAAUAUUAUGUUGCUAGGGUCAAACUCAUUUUAAGCAAGGGGCUUGGCUAGAUUCAUCUUCUGGGCGAUUUGAGGAAGGUGAUCAUCUAAUGAAGGCAGGUUUUAAUGAAUGAGUAGCAGAAACAGAGUCCUAUAUACUUAAAUUUCACAUGUGGAUCCUUAAAACCGUCAAAGAUGCAGAGGGUAGGACAGUCAGAAGGCUGCCAACUGACGAGGGCAGACAGGUGAUUUUUGGAGCAGGUGGUACACACUGGAUACUUGACAGGGUAGUUUGGGGAAAGUUUUCCUGGAGUGGGCUACACUCUGAUGGUCACGGUCUCUUUCAGAUUCAAGUCCAGAGAGUCUCUUUUAUCGGCGUAUUUCUACCGAUAGUUCUUCAUUGAUGGCUGGCCCUGGUGUUUGGCUCAUGUCUGUGCCAACUUCAUAGAACUUGGAGUAUGUGGGGGCUUUGGCGGAGACUGGAUUUAUCCCGGGUGCCAGCACAUCAGGGAGAGCUUGCUUUCUAUACUUCUGCCUCCAAAGCACUGAGAAAUCCCAGCUGGGUCUUAGAGCAUCUGUUGCACAUGCACUUUAUUUGAAUAUUUAAUGUAAAGACUUGGAAGCUAUAGAGUCAGAAUAUUACAGACUGAUUUGGAAGCCCUUUGCUGAGAUCUGUCUUAUGGGGGUGGGGUGGGGGAGGAGGGAGCAAACUGGCUUAAGCUUAUUUCUUCCUAAUUGGUACCAUUAAGUAUUGAAUAACAUUAUCUCACACCCGCCUUCCCCAAGACACCCUAAAACAACACCUUAAGCUGCUCCCAGCUGGAUUUGACACUGGUAUCACAUUUAAUGCUUUUUGUUUUUGUUUUUUUAAAAAUCACAUUUUAGUAAGUUUCUCUUUAACCCUAGAAAAAUACCAAGGUGAAUGUUGGGGUCUUAGACCUUCCUCUAAAGCUACUGAGAUCAAUUGUCUGGGUUCAUCCUUGGGACCUAGGACUUUGGUUUAACUAUGUCUCUUUGGGGGGCUGUGAGGACUGUGACUAAUCUCAGUUAUCUUUUGGGGCCAUCUCUCCUGGCACCACCUAGCUUGUCACAAGUCCCCCAACCCCCGCCGCUAGCCAGGGCAGUGCCACAAGGCUUCCAAGCCACAUUCCCCAUCCUGCUUGCCCAUAGAUACAACGUAAAUAGUUUCAAUCCAUUUCCCUGCUGCAGAGGGGGAGCUGUACCCCCCGAGUUAUACCAAGCACCAAGGUGACUGCUGCCUUAGUAUUGAAACUGAGGCUUCACAGUUGGGACUGUGGGUAGCCCUCAUUUCCAGGGGGUGGGGGUGGGG